UGCCGGCUCCGCCUCCUCCCGCGUUCCGCUCUACUCCGGAGCUGCGGGGAGCCGGGGGAAGGCGGUGGCGGUGCGGACAGCAUGGCUCGGGUGCUGAGCCGGGACACGGUGGACAUUGAGAACCUCCUGGCUUUAAACCCCCGAACGCAGACUCAUGCAACUCUUCAUUCAACUGUAACGAAGAAACUAGUCAAGAAGCAUUGGAAAAGGAAUUCUGACAAAAGUUGUUCUAACUGUGAGAAACUAGAAAAUAAUUUUGAUGACAUCAAGCACACGACUCUUAGUGAGCGAGGAGCACUUCGAGAAGCAAUGAGAUGCUUGAAGUGUGCAGAUGCCCCCUGUCAGAAGAGUUGCCCAACUAAUCUGGACAUCAAGUCAUUCAUCACAAGCAUUGCAAACAAGAACUAUUAUGGAGCUGCCAAAAUGAUUUUUUCUGACAAUCCACUUGGUCUGACAUGUGGAAUGGUGUGUCCCACAUCAGACCUUUGCGUUGGUGGCUGCAAUUUGUAUGCUACUGAGGAGGGGCCAAUUAAUAUUGGUGGAUUGCAGCAGUUUGCUACUGAGGUGUUCAAAGCCAUGAACAUUCCUCAGAUCAGAAACCCUUCCUUACCUUCUCCAGAAGAUAUGCCUGAAGCUUAUCAUGUGAAGAUUGCGCUUCUUGGUGCAGGACCUGCAAGUUUAAGUUGUGCUUCUUUUUUGGCUCGAUUGGGCUAUUCAAACAUCACCAUAUUUGAGAAGCAGGAGUAUGUGGGUGGCUUAAGCGCAUCUGAAAUCCCUCAGUUCAGAUUGCCAUACGAUGUAGUGAAUUUUGAAGCUGAACUUAUGAAGGAUCUCGGAGUGAAGAUAAUUUUUAGUAAAGGCCUUGCUGUUGAUGGAAUGACACUCCGUACCUUGAAAGAAAAUGGCUAUGAAGCAGUCUUCAUUGGAAUAGGUUUACCAGAACCAAACAGAGACAGUAUAUUCCAAGGGCUGAAGAUGGAUCAAGGGUUUUACACAUCAAAAGACUUCCUACCUUUGGUAGCUGUGGCAAGUAAGCCAGGGAUAUGUGCCUGUCACUCUCCAUUGCCAUCAAUACAUGGAACUGUGAUUGUACUUGGGGCAGGAGACACUGCUUUUGACUGUGCAACAUCUGCUUUACGCUGUGGAGCUCGUCGUGUGUUUGUGGUCUUCAGAAAGGGCUUCACUAAUAUCAGGGCUGUCCCAGAAGAGAUGGAACUUGCAAAAGAAGAGAGGUGUGAAUUUCUGCCUUUCCUCUCCCCUCGGAAAGUUGUACUUAGAAGUGGACGUAUUGUUGCAAUGGAGUUUGUUCGAACUGAACAGGACAGUGAUGGAAACUGGAAAGAGGAUGAGGAUCAGGUUGUUCGUCUGAAAGCUGACGUGGUGAUCAGUGCCUUUGGUUCAGUUUUGCGUGAUGCUGAAGUCAGAGAGGCCAUGGCACCUAUCAAGUUUAACAGAUGGGGUCUUCCUGAAGUAGAUCCAGAAACUAUGCAAACGAGUGAACCUUGGGUUUUUGCAGGCGGUGAUAUCACUGGUCAUGCUAACACAACAGUGGAAUCAGUGAAUGAUGGAAAACAAGCCUCUUGGUACAUGCACAGAUACAUACAGUCCUUAUAUGGUGCUGCAGUUUCUACUACUCCAGAACUACCACUCUUCUAUACUCCCAUAGAUUUAGUAGACAUCACUGUAUUAAUGGCUGGACUGAAGUUUCCAAAUCCUUUUGGCAUUGCCAGUGCAACUCCUGCUACUAGUUCCUCAAUGAUUCGAAGAGCUUUUGAAGCUGGAUGGGGCUUUGCUGUCACUAAAACAUUCUCCCUGGACAAGGAUAUUGUGACCAACGUUUCUCCGAGGAUUGUGCGUGGAGUUACUUCGGGUCCCAUCUAUGGCCCAGGCCAAGGCUCUUUUCUAAACAUUGAACUGAUCAGUGAGAAAACAGCAGCAUAUUGGUGUAAAAGUAUUACUGAACUGAAGAGUGACUUUCCAGAACAAAUCCUGAUUGCCAGCAUCAUGUGCAGCUAUAGCAAGGACGACUGGACUGAGCUUUCUAAAAUGGCUGAGGCUGCUGGUGCAGAUGCACUGGAGUUAAAUCUGUCAUGUCCUCAUGGAAUGGGGGAGAGAGGCAUGGGCCUGGCCUGUGGGCAGGAUCCAGAGCUGGUGCGGAACAUCUGUCGCUGGGUUAGACAAGCUGUUCAGAUUCCUUUCUUUGCCAAGCUGACCCCAAAUGUCACUGAUAUUGUGAAUAUUGCAAUGGCUGCACAGGAAGGUGGCGCAGAUGGUGUUACAGCCACCAACACAGUGUCAGGACUGAUGGGACUGAAAGCAGACGGCACACCUUGGCCAGCAGUUGGUGCAGGACUGAGGACCACAUAUGGUGGCGUGUCAGGAAAUGCUAUUAGGCCCAUCGCGCUCCGUGCAGUGUCUGCUAUAGCCCGUGCUCUUCCAGGAUUUCCCAUCUUAGCAACGGGAGGCAUUGACUCUGCUGAAAGUGGGCUGCAGUUUCUGCACAGUGGAGCUUCAGUUUUACAGGUGUGCAGCGCAAUCCAGAAUCAAGAUUUCACUGUUAUUGAUGACUACUGCACUGGACUGCGAGCUCUUCUUUACCUGAAAAGCAUUGAGGAACUUGGAGACUGGAAUGGACAGAGUCCUGCAACCAUGCGCCAUCAGAAAGGAAAACCGGUAUCCAGUAUUGCUGAUCUGGUAGGAAAGAAACUACCCAGUUUUGGGCCUUACUUGGAACAACGCAAAAAAAUUAUAGCUGAGAACAAGAUGAAAUUGAAGGAACAAGGCACAGCUGCUGUGCUUCCUGAAAAAAAGCAUUUCAUUCCGAAGAAGCCCAUCCCAGCAAUCAAGGAUGUAAUUGGAAAAGCGCUGCAGUAUAUUGGAACAUAUGGUGAGCUCUGCAACACAGAGCAAGUUGUGGCUCUGAUUGACGAGGAAAUGUGUAUCAACUGUGGCAAAUGUUACAUGACCUGUAAUGAUUCCGGCUACCAGGCUAUCCAGUUUGAUGCUGAAACCCACCUGCCCACGGUCACAGACAGCUGCACGGGCUGCACCCUGUGCCUCAGCGUCUGCCCCAUCAUCGACUGCAUCCGCAUGGUUCCCAGGACCACCCCAUAUGAGCCCCGGCGAGGGCUGCCCCUGGCCCUGAGCCCCCUGUGCUGAGCCGUGCCUGCCCUGCGCUGCCUCACCGCCACUGAUCUGCCUUCUAAUUAAACCUCAAAAUCAACCUUUAUGAAAAAAAAAAAGCGAUAUUGGGAGUCA